AUGUCUAAAUGGUCAGUUGAAAAUGUACCGUUUAACCGAACCAUGACUUGGUAUAAGGCUACAUUCAAGUCUCCCUUGGGAAAUGAUCCAGUUGUUGUCGAUCUUAUGGGACUUGGAAAAGGUACAGCUUGGGUCAAUGGAAACAACAUUGGGCGUUAUUGGCCGUCAUUCAUUUCAAGCGAAAAUGGUUGUGAUGCAAAAUGUAAUUAUAGAGGUGCUUAUCAUGCUGAAAAAUGUCUGACCAAUUGUGGAGAACCCACACAAAGAUGGUACCAUGUUUCUCAUUCUUUCUUGAAUGCAGAAGGAGAUAACACACUAGUUUUGUUUGAAGAGAUGGGAGGAAACCCAUCGCUUGUCAGUUUCCAAACUACUAGAGUAGGAAGUGUUUGUGCUAACGUCUACGAGAAAACAAUUAUUGAGCUUUCAUGCGGCAGAAAACCCGUUUCUGCCAUCAAAUUUGCAUCCUUUGGUAACCCAGAUGACAAUUGUGGAUCUUUUGAAAAAGGAACUUGUGAAUCAAGUAAAAACACGGCUGAUAUUCUCACACAAGAAUGUGUUGGAAAAGAGAAGUGUUCCAUUGAUGUCUCAACAGAAAAGUUUGGUGCACCAAAUUGCAGUGGUGCUCCUAGAAGGCUCGCUGUCGAAGCUAUAUGUUAA